AAUCUCCAUCACUGUGUAUGCCAAGUAGCAAUGAGCUCGAGCCCUCCAGUCACCUUCCUUAAACCGACCUUCCAUUUUUAAUGAUCGCGACCGAUGAGCCGUCCCUACUAACGUCCGCCCAGCUUGUCCGCCCGCUACGCGUGUCCCAGCGGUGGCGCCGCCCCGUACCCGAGCCCACUCCGUCGCCGUUACCUGUCCCCGAGGGGAAGGGAACUAUUGGAGCGACGGACGAUUUAUUGACCUCGGCGGUGUUCGAUCGUUUGCUUGAACCGAGCGGUUGCAAGUUUGCAUCGUCCUUUCGGUGCUUGCCCUCGGGGUUGGCGGGAUGGAGGAGAGGUACGAGCCGAUGAAGGAGCUGGGAGUCGGGAAUUUCGGGGUGGCGAGGUUGGUGAAGGAUAGAAGGACGGGGGAACUCGUCGCCGUCAAGUAUAUUGAAAGAGGGAAGAAGAUUGAUGAGCAUGUGCAGCGAGAAAUAAUUAACCACAGGUCAUUGAGGCAUCCAAAUAUUGUGCGGUUUAAGGAGGUGGUACUAACACCAACACACCUAGCUAUAGUUAUGGAAUAUGCUGCUGGUGGUGAACUAUUUGAAAGGAUAUGCAAUGCUGGUCGGUUUAGUGAAGAUGAGGCAAGGUUCUUUUUUCAGCAGCUGAUAUCAGGAGUCAGUUAUUGUCAUUCUAUGGAAAUAUGUCACCGUGAUCUUAAGCUUGAGAAUACACUCUUGGAUGGAAGUCCUACACCGCGUGUUAAAAUAUGCGACUUUGGUUACUCAAAGGUGAACUUAUCUGUUGUUUAUGCAUUUCUGUCAAUUUCAGUGAUUAUGUUCAUGAGUAUGUCUGUCCCUGUUGUCUCGCAGUCGGCUUUGUUGCAUUCACAGCCCAAGUCAACAGUGGGUACUCCUGCUUACAUUGCACCAGAGGUUCUAUCAAGGAAAGAAUAUGACGGAAAGAUUGCAGAUGUUUGGUCUUGCGGUGUCACGCUGUAUGUAAUGUUAGUUGGCUCCUACCCAUUUGAGGAUCCAGAAGAUCCCAGAAAUUUCAGGAAGACUAUCAGUAGAAUAUUCAGUGUUCAGUACUCCUUUCCGGACUAUAUACGUGUAUCACCAGGUUGCAGACAAGUUCUUUCUCAAAUUUUUGUCGCUGACCCAUCAAAGAGGAUCACAAUUCCAGAGAUAAAGAAGCAUCCAUGGUUUCUGAAGAACUUGCCUAGGGAAAUUAUAAAUGGGGAGAAGACAAACUAUGAAACAGGGAAUGAUCACUCUUCACAAAGUGUGGAAGAGAUAAUGCACAUCAUCGAAGAGGCUAAGAAACCAUCCGAAUGCCUUACAGCCCAUGAUCGCGCACUCUCAGAGCUAGCAGAAGCUGAUGAACUCGAAGCUGGCAUCGACACUGAAGUUGAUAGCAGUGGUGACUUUUGGUCACCAAUUUGACUUGUAACACUACUGUAAUAACGAGCAUUUCUCAUCAAACAGUUGCAAGUUUGAUGACAGUAAUGUUUUGGACCCGAUUGAUGUUUUAGUUAUGCUGACGGUAAUGCUUUGGACCCGAUUAUCUCA